UUUUUCUAAAAAAUUUCGGUCUGGGAGACGACGGCAGUGGGAGGAGAAGGCUCUGGAGAAAGCUGGGCGGACAGUGAUUUCCCUCGCCAUCGAGAACUAGGGUCAGAGUUUCUAGUUUCCGGCUUCUCGGAUCGAUCGGUUGUGGUUCGGAGGUGUUUCUCUCGGAGUUCUCCAGCUGAUUCUGUGGGAGGAUCGGGUCGAAGUCUGGAGCUCCGAGGUUUUGAGGAGUUUGGAAGAUUUAUGUAAAUAUGAGAUCGGAUUCGACCGUAUUUUAUAGCUUUGGUCCGGGAUAAAGUAUCUGGAGGGAUGUCAGAUCAUGAGACUGAAAAUGCUACUUGGUUGGAAUUUGAUGAGAGCGGUCACUGUAUAGUGCAUCAUCAAGGCUGUAAAAAGGUUAAUGAACCUGUAGCAUCAGGUGAUUUUCUCGCGAAGCCACAGUAUGAAGUAGGAAAUAAUGCUGGAAAGAGCACAAGCAGCAUAGGAUCUAAGAAUAAAAAAGUUCUUCGGGAAAAAGAAGAGAGAGCCUUUUUCCCUUCUCCAAAGGGUGGAAGCUCCACUGUACCAGAGGACUUAUGGUCUCAUGCAACAAGAAAAGUAGCUCCAGCAUUUUAUGAUCCUUAUUCCUUCGAUGACUUCAAUUCUUUGGCUUCCCAAGAAGAUGCUAGACUUGCUUAUGUGGAAAAUCAACACAUGGAGAGAGAAAAUGAUCUUUUAUAUCAUGAUUUGCCUGAUAUUGGCAGUUUCGAGGAUAUUGAUAGAAUGCUUAGGACUUGUGAAUCCACAUUUGGGCAAGGAAGCAACUCUGCAGAUGAGCUGUCAUGGUUUUCAUCUUCUUCACAUAGCACCUAUGGGAUAGGCGAUACUUUCAAGUCAGACUCACAAUCUUCAGUUUUAGACCCAACAGUUAUGAAUGGUACAUCAGCACAUCAUGGUGCAAUAACUGCUUUUCCUGAAAACAAUCUGUUUGCUGCUGAUAGUGAUAAGAUCUUGAGUCAUUCUUAUCGAUCUUUUGUAUUGGUCAGCAAUGGUGAAAAUAAGAGUGACUGUACACUGCAAGAAAAGGCAUAUGAUGGGGGUGGAGGUACUGAGAUUAAAUCAACUCUUAUGCAAGUCAGCAAUGAAAAUAGCUUGAAUGAAUGUGAGAAUUUUAAUACGAUUAAUAUGCACUUAACUCAGCUGGGGAGACCAUACUUAUUUGAAGGAAAUGAAAAAGAACGACUUUCAGAAUCUACAAGUAACACUUCUUUCUGUGGCCCUGGCCAAAUGCAACAAUUUGCAGAUCAGGGCAAUCUCUCUUCAGUUUUCUCAGCUCGGCAACCUUAUUCCUCUCAACUUCUUCUGAAGCACAAUCAUAUUUGGGGAUCUGGUUCUUCAAGCUCAAUGCACACCUUCAGUCCUUGUGCACAACUAGAAAGAAGCCUUCCUCUGCAUCAGGAUCUGUUUGCACAGACAAUGCCAAGUGUUUUAUCCACAAGUGAUUAUAAUCCUUCCUCUUCUUAUAAAGUCUCUGCACAUGUUAGAAAUUAUUUUCCACAGUGCAUGGAGAACUUGCCGGUUCCUUUGUCUGAGCCUGCAGCUAUGACGCCUGAGGAAAUCAAUGAGAAACCAUGCCUUGGACAGAAUUUAUGUGCUGCAUCGACUGCUAAGCAUCCAGCUCACCUGGCUUCAUCAACAAGUAUAACUUCACAUCAGGAACCGCACCAUAAAUUUCAGCAUGAAAUUAGAGGUGACAGUGUACAAGAGGACAUAAGCUUUAAACUUCCAGCAAUUGAGAUAGAGUCUUCAACAGUACAAGAAAGCCCUUGCAUGACAUCUGCUCUUUCUGACAAUAUCUCACUGAAAGCAAUUAGCUUUCAACAGCUUCAGGAUGUCAUACUUCAAUUGGAUAUUGGAACAAGACAAUGCAUGAGAGAUAGCUUGUAUCGUUUAGCAAGGAGUGCUGAAAAAAGAUAUAAUUUUGCUUCUGCAAACAACACCAGCAAAGAGAGUGGAGGAAUUUUGGAUACAGAGGAACCAAACAGGUCUUCGGAUUAUAUAACUACUGAAACUGAAACAAAUCCAAUAGAUCGCUCAAUUGCACAUCUACUUUUCCAUAGACCCUCAGAGACUCUGACAAUGUCCAGUGAAUGUGCAAGGUCACUUGAAUCACAUAUGAUUGAUGAACAGAUACAUGGUCAUGUACAGCUUCCAGGAAGUAAUGCCUGAUGAAUUUGGUCCAACAACGAGUAUUCAGAGGUUGUAGUGAAGUUCCAGAAAAAGUAAUGAUUCAGCGGUACAACAUUUGGUGCUUCAGCCACAGUCUCCACAUAAUGGACUGCUGCCCCUGCUCAGAAGUGUCAUUUGAGUAUUGUCGGAAUGGUGGGCAGGUUUUUAUGGUGUAAUUUUGAGUAUAAGUUCGUUCUCACAUGGCUAUAUAUUGUAUCCAAGCUCCUAUAACGUGUAGACGUUAGUUCUGCGGGAAUAGAUGUGGUUGCUUUAUUUGUUUACUGUGUAUCACGUAUCCUUUCGGCACCACCGGAACUAACUAAAAGAUAAAAUAAGAUGAAAUAUUAUGUUAACUCACUAGAUCCUUCAAUAUGCGGAUAUUUAAGUCAGUGCUUUCAAGUCAUGUGGAAGAAUAUGGUGCUUUUAGGUUAUUUGUUUUAUGUAUAUUUUGGAAAGAAAUAGAGGCGUGCAUCUUCCUUAUAUAUCAGCAUCCAUUUCUUGCUCA